AUCAUUUUGAUUGAACAGUAAUUUAGUGCUGAAAGAGGGAAAAAGAAAAUCCUUCUCGAGAAACGGAAAAAGAAAAGACCAGAUUGCGUAGCUAAUCAAAAAGAGGAGAAAGAAAAAAGUAGAGAAUAUUAAUUCUGAAAAUAGUUGGAAGACAGUGUUUACUGCGUUGUGAAAGUCCAGCCAGAGUUUAUUUUUACCCUAGACGAACGUGUGCCUUCUCUCCAUCGUUUCUCCUGCUUGUUUUCGUUCUCUCGUUCUCCUCGGAACAUGCCUCUUUUCCCCACUGUCUUUCAUCUCUCUUCUCCCUUGGUAGACAAUAAUCUUGGAGGGUCAGAUCGUACACUUUUUUCGAUCGAUGAUUUUGCUGGUUUCCUAUACAAAGACCAUUGAAAAAAGAGUUGUAAAUGACGGAGCGCUAUGAAUCGCCUGAAGUGAAGGCCGUAGUGACCAAGGAAGAGAUUCACAAGAGAUACCAAGACGCUGCUCUGAUCAUAUUUAAAGAGCAACAAAGUAAAAAGGAACUUGUUAACUAUUUAACUUUUGGGACGAGUCGCAGAACCAUGGAAUAUAGUAGCUACGGAAACCACCCUGUUAUUGUGCGGAGACCAGUCGGCUCUUUGGCAACUCGUAACGAUAGUACCAUAUCCUCACAAAUAUCAAGGAUAUAUCGAAAGCCUCGAGAUAGUUGUGCAAUAAACUAAUUUAUGACCCAAUUAUAGUUCUCGAUUGUAAAUUAAACGACCAUGUUUCUAUUUUA